UCGUUACUCCCGUCGGUCCCCGUCUUCCUAGCGCGGGGCUUGCCGCAGCGGGCCGGGUCCCUCGAGUGUGCUCCGUUACACGGGGGAGACGUAAGCAACCGCUGCCUUCGGCUGCCGCUAACGCCCCGGUUACCCCGGCAUCAGGCACGUAGGGGUACGCACGCAAGCCGUGCGCGCGUUUGAGUGCUGUGCCUGUUAUAUGUGCCCGAGGGCGAGGAGUUACGCUGCACGUCAUGCUGUUACGUUUGACUUCAUGUAACCCAAAUCCUGUUGUCUUUUGUCUUCUGUUUUAGUUCCUCUGCGUGCUGAAAAAAUUUACCUUUCUGACAGAAUGGUGGUUCAGAAAGAUAAUCACCAUCUGAAGUAAUUUGUGGGGAUGAUUGCCAAAUGAGAGGCUAUCUUUCAGAUUUCAGCAAGCUAGAUAAGCGUGAAUGUACCGGACUGUAUCAGAGCAGGACCUUCCACUUACGGCAGGGUUUAUCUCCCACCACUACAUGAUGAAUGCUUGGAAAUUGUACAGCCGAUCGGCAAAUGUAGUCUGAGUAUACCUUCCUACUAGCGUCCCGCUGCCUCGCUGCUCAACCUUACACAACAGCUCUCUGAAGCUGAGGGCGAGUUUCAGCUUCGUCAUCAACUUUCAGGACAAAUGAAGAGGAAAUGGGAGGAAAGACUGAAGAAAGUGGAAGAACUAGCAUCUCACUAUGAAAGAAACCCUCUUCCUCCAGUUUAUAGACCAAAACUGUCCAAACCCUUUCUGCCAUCCUCUGUUUGGAAAAUAUUUUGUCGUCAGGCUGAAGCUUUCAAUUAUGUAAAAACCUGCAAAGAGGAUGUUCAUGUAUUUGCCUUGGAAAAGAACACACAAAGUGGACAGAGGUUUUACCUUGUGACAACAUAUAAAGAGCUUUGGUUUUAUUACACGAAAGAUUAUAAAACAAGUCUUAUGCAUUGCUAUGAAGUAAUUCCUGAAAAAGAUGCUUGCAAACUUUAUUUUGAUUUGGAGUUCUACAAACCAGCAAAUCCUGGUGCAGAUGGCAAGAGUAUGGUUGUGAAGUUAAUUGAGCUUGUCAGCCAAAAAUUAAAAGAACUUUAUGAUGUAAAUUGUUCAGCCAAAGAUGUCUUGAAUUUAGAUUCCAGUACUGAUGAAAAAUUUAGUCGGCACUUAAUAUUUCUACCCCAAAAGACUGUAUUUAAGGAUAAUAUUCAUGUUGGUAACUUUGUGAGAACCAUUUUGCAGCCUGCCAUAAGGUUAAUGGAGAGUGCUGCUGCUGUUGUGAUUCCAGAAGGAGGAGCAGGACAUGUUUUCCAGUGUUCUGCAGAAGGAGUUGGAUCAGAUGGUUCUCCUACAAACCUCACAGCCAUCGAAGAUGCUUCCAAAGGCUGGCCAGCCAUUGCUCACAAAACAAAAGAAACAUCACACCAGGGAGAAAAUUUGGAAUUUUCCUUUCUAAUAGUAAAUGGUAAAGAAGGAGGCAAGCAACUUUUUGUGGAUCUAGGAGUUUAUACAAGGAACAGAAAUUUCCGGAUGUAUAAAUCAUCAAAAGCAGGAAAAAAUGUGAUUCUGAAGAUAGCAGAGGAUAAUAAGUUUGUCCCUGACUGUGAAGAGGAUGUUUCCUUGGAAGAAGCGUAUUUUCUUUCCUCUUUGAUCUGCAACAUUAGAGUGAAAGAUGACACAAAAGUUCUGUCAUCUGGGUUUUCAGAGGAGGAGAGAAAAAUGUCUGCUUUUUUAAACAGUAAAACCACCAGAAGCAGUAGAGAUUCCAUGGAAGGUUAUCAGGAUUCACCAUAUCCAGAAAUUGAUUAUUUUGUUCGUUCUUUGGUUAAUAAAGAUGGAGUGCAAGGAAGGAUACGGCAAUGGAAUUAUUUCUUUCUGGAAGAAAUACUUGUAUACGAUAUUUCUGGUUACCGUUGGUGUGAAAAUAUUGGAAGAGCCCACAAAAGUAACAACAUAAUGAUUCUGGUAGAUCUAAAGAAGGAAGUCUGGUAUCAAAAGUGUCACGAUCCAGUCUGCAGAGAAAAAAACUUCAAAUCACAAAGUUUUCCAUUACCACCUGGGAUAUGUCUCCCUUUUCUUUUCAAAGAGGAAGAAGAGUACACACUAAUGGAUGAAAGGGGGAACACAGAAGAGAAAGUAAAACUGCAUUCUAAUGUGUCAGACCUGUCAAAAAGCUCAGUAUCUCUAGAAAAAAGCUUGUCUCAAGACUUCCUGUUGUCAGACAGUGAGUGGGACAAUGCAAGUGAUGAUGCCUAUUUCCUAGAAGCUACUGAAGAUAUGGAACUAGCUGAAGCUGCAAAUGAUAGUCUGAAUUACGCCAUGGAAGAAAUUCCUGAUGAAGUUUUUUUGGAAGCUUUAAGGAAACAGGACACUUGCAGUGAAGAAGGCAGCUAACCACAGGCUUGGCUAGCAAACAGCCUGCUGGCAAUGAAGCCUGUGUAUCGUAUGCCUUCUAUGAAAGAUACUGCAAUAUAGUUCAAAAAUGCUUUUCCAGAGCUGUAAGACAAAGAUCUGAGUAACUGCUAACAAACAAGUAUCCUCACAGUUGGAUGAUCUUCAACAGGCACGAGGAGAUCAUGGAAGAUUACACAGGAGCUGAAGAGUACUGGACUGAAAACUCAUCACGAAUGCUGCUCCAAGUUUAGCACUUUUAAUACUUUCUGCUGUGCAGUUUCUAUUUUGUUAGUUGUAUGUCCAAGUUUUACUGAUAAGCCAAGUAAAAUAUAUUUAUUCCAGAAAUUGGAGAAAAUAGUUUAUUUCAAAUACAAUUCUAAUAAAAAGAUCUAUCACUAAUUCAA